AUGGGUUCCGAGACAAAACAUUCUGCAAAAGUCAAGAUUGUCACAAGGGAAAGUCCUCCUUCCGCCAAGGAGCACAUGCGCCCCACUAAAACUCAAAUAUUAGUUCCACCGACGCAGAGUUUGCCCAAUGGCAAGAAACCAAACUUCGGUAAGUCUACAAAACAGCGGCGAGAACCUAGGGAACGCACCUCGAAGACGGGACACGAGGACGAUAAGGCAACGAUGGUCACUGUUAACAUAGAUGCCUUCCUACAUGAUAAGGCCCCUAAAAAAAAAUCGUGCAAAUACAAGAAGAAGAAAACGAGACAGUACCAGGAUAGGGCGGCGGCGUCGAUCGAUUCGAAACCGCACGUAGCUGGUCAUACGGCCUUUGCCGGUGCUUCGUUCACAACAGAUAUCCCACAUGAGGCAGCGCUACCCAAACCUAGUUUUGUUUGA